AUGACCGUAAACUACUCUUUGGACGCCGCCACUGCUUCAGCAUGGGCUGUAAUCGUAGUGAUAUUCAAAUGGAAGGGUAGUUUAUGGAAAUUGAUUUGGCGAGAGACACUUGGAUGGACCAUUCUCAUGGCUGUCCUUUAUUCGGUUUAUGUUUAUGGGCUGAAAGGCACCGAACAUGAGCAAUACUACAAAACGCUGUUCGAUUUGACCAAGGAUGUUCCAAUGGAUGGAACGCUGAUGUUUUUGAUUUCCUAUAUGAUCUUCAAUUGUUUGACAAGAUGGCUGAAAAAGUUCCGAUGUUUAGGAUGGCCUGAAAAUGUGGCACUGAUGUUUAAGCAGCAUUUCAAUAAAGAAGCGUUCACUCGACACGAGCAAAAAUUGAUCAACCAAACGGUGGCUCGAUAUUUGACCGUAUUUUAUAUUCUGCUAUUUCGAGAUGUCUCAUCCGACGUUCGAGAUAUGUUUCCCACUUUUGACGAUAUGGCCGAUUCGGGAAUUUUGACGCCCGACGAGGUGCAUGUUUUGAAAAGUAGCCGUCUGGACCGUCAUUCUCCGCACUAUUGGAUUCCGAUCGAUUGGAUUGUGACACUGAUCAGAACGAGAUAUGAACCCACACAUUUUAUUAAUAAUAAGCAUGGACAACGAGUUCGAAAUCGAAAAAUGGGAAUAAUGACGGAAAUGGAGUACUUGAAAACCAGCAACACAUCGGGACUCUCUGAAAUGUUUGUGGAGUGUAUGAGUACAUUGCCAUUGAGUAUGAUCCAUUUAGCAUAUUUACGCAUUUCUCAAGUCAUUGUCAAUCCGUUUGGAAGUGAUGACGAUGAUUUUGAGAUCGGUUGGACACACGUGUGUGUGUCCACACUAAUCCUCCGCAAGUAUGGUCCCGAGGUUCUCGAGGAGAUUUUAAGAAAAGCCGGCUACACAGAAGACAUUCAAUUCGACAUCCAGUGCUAUUACGAUGACACCGAGACUAUGCGCAUUUUCAGAGUUGCUGCUCAAGUUUUGGGAUUAUCCGUUGAUGACAUGUGGGAGAUGUAUGGAGAGUUUCUGAUCACUCAUGCUUGCGAGACUGGUUGGCAAAAGAUGUUGUUUUGUAUGGCUAACAAUCUACAGGAAUUCCUCGACAAUCUCAACAGCAUGCACUAUUUCAUCGAUCAAAUCGCAUUUAAAUCGGAGAUGAAGGGUCCAACGUUUCAAUGUGAACCAUUUGGAGAAUCUGGGCUAAAAUUGCACUAUUUCUCCUUUCGACAAGGGUUGUUUCCAAUUGUAAAGGGGCUUGUGAGAAAAACUGCAAGGACCCUUUUCGAGAUGGAGGUUAAGGUCAGUAUGCUGGAAAGAAAUCAAGAGCGGCGAAAAUCCGGAAUGGUAGAACAUGUGAUAUUCUCUGUGGAACCAGAUGACAAUCAUCGGAAGGGCAAGCGACUUUUCUACAAGUUCCGAAACACCAAAGCACAGGAAAGCUCUCCUAUUUUCAAUAUUUCCACCCAAAUGCUCGUCGGUCUGCGCGACUUCAAGAACAUCUUCCCGUAUCAUGUGUGCUUCAACAAGCAAAUGGUCAUCGAACACCUUGGAAUCUAUCUCCUCCGUGAAUAUGGUCUGGAAAACAAGAAGACCCUCAAAGUCAGUGACCUCAUGCAACUUGUUCAGCCCUCUGACAUCCAAUUGACCUAUAAAAAUGUGCUUAGUUAUCUGAACACUCUGUUUAUCUUCCAAUUGAAGCAUCACAGUAAACGGAAUGAAGUUCAAGAGGGCUCUUCUGAAGCCUUUCAACAACCACUGGUCCUAAAAGGAGAAAUGAUGCCAUUGAACGAUGGUAACUCUAUUAUCUUCAUUUGCUCACCUCAUGUGACUACGGUUCGCGACAUUCUAAACCUCAAGUUAUACAUCUCGGAUAUGCCCAUGCACGAUGCCACCAGAGACUUGGUCAUGUUGAAUCAAUCAAGAAUUUGUCAAAUGGAAUUGAACAAAAAACUGGAAGAGACCAUGAAAAAGAUGAAGCGAAUGACCGAAGAGUUGGAGGUCAAAAAAUCGCAAACUGAUCGGCUCCUAUUUGAGUUUGUGCCACCAGUGAUUGCCGAGGCAUUGCGAGCCUCGAAGCCAGUUCCAGCGCAAGAAUUCUCGGAUUGCUCAGUAAUCUUCACGGACAUCCCCGACUUCUUCACAAUUAGUGUCAAUUGCUCACCAAAAGAGAUCAUCACCCUGGUCACUGAUCUCUUCCAUCGGUUCGAUCGAAUUAUUGAGAAACACAAGGGCUACAAGGUCUUAUCUCUUAUGGAUAGCUAUUUGAUAGUUGGUGGUGUCCCAAAUGCCAAUCAAUAUCACUGUGAAGAUAGUCUCAAUUUGGCGUUGGGUCUGUUGUUUGAGGCAAGACAAGUGGAAGUGCCCAAAUUGGGUCAAUAUGUUCGAUUGAGAAUUGGUGUACAUUGUGGACCAGUUGUGGCUGGAAUUGUUAGUCAGCAGAAGCCAAGAUUCUGCGUGCUCGGAAACACUGUAAACAUCACGAAAAACAUCUGCGCCCAUAGUCAACCCGGAAAAGCUCUGGUCAGCAAUGCAGUUCGAACAAUGGUCACCAAGCACUUGAAGAGCAUUUUUGUGUUCAACGCAAAUGGUUAUCUAGAAUUGGCCACUGGAAAAGUGCUUACUCAUUUUCUGGAGAAGAACGAGAAGUGUAGCGUAUGGGAUAUUGUGGAUCGGGAGAAAGCCACCAACGACAGUAUCGAUGGCUAUCGUGAACUCCACUCGGACAAUGGAACUGUGGAAUGGCAGGAGGCAACGGCAGCGGCGUUCAGGGUUAUAUCGCUCUAUAAACAAUAUAUAAAUUUCCCGGUCGUCGACGCUCUUGACAACAAGCAGAGCCGUACGAAGAAGGCUCUAACCAGACUACGAUCCGUGAAACGGAAAUUCCGAACGAUUCAAAGCAACGACAGCGGGGUGUCGGUUAGUGAGCCAAAUGUGGAGAGCGCUGUGUGCUCGAUUAUGUGA